GCUGUGUUGCGUUAUGGUGGGCUUGCUCAUCGCGAAAAUACAUGCAAAAUGAAUUGUUAAGAAACCGCUGAGCAGAGAUGAUGCCAGAGGUACAGACAUCAAGCACCGGAUUUACUUCUGAGAUCUUAGAUGAAUAUUUAUAUCAACAUUGAGAAAAUCGAUUUUGCGUCUGAAGCUGAUCAUCAUGGAACUUGAAGAUUACUCUGUAGCAAUUCCAGGCAAUGGAUCACUUUCACUCUCUGAGCGUCUGUCUGCCUCUGAAGCCCCAGCAGAUCCCAUUGUACAUGGAAUAGAUGGUACACCCCAGAACAGUGGUCUUGAGUUGAAACUCAACCUCUACGUUCCAGCGCAUCCAUUAAUAGAACCUAUAUCGCCUGCAGAGGAGCAAUGUGCGUUUACCACGGAAACACAAGGAACCAGCACACAACCUGAAGCUACUGAAGAAGAAACAUAUGAAACUUGUGACAUCCCAGGCUUUCCUUUUGAAAGUCGGUCAAAUCAGGCCCAGCCGAACUCGGAAACUCUCACAGUAGAGCCAUGUGAACCAGCACCUGACACUACGAGCUCAUCAGACGGUGGUACAUUACAAGUACCUGUGUUUGUAGAUCCCACAGACUCCAAUGUAGCACCAAAUGACCAUGUUCUUGCGAAAGAAUUUGUUAAAGUCACCCAGGAAAUAACCUCUGAUCCUGCACUCUCCGAAGAGACCAGAUGUGAAACAGAUUCAACUAAAGAUUCUAAUACAGAUGUAUCCAGAGGCUGCACAGAAGACACUGUUAGAAAAAACAUCCCUGCAAAGAAGGACAAAUAUGCACCACUAAAAAUCCAUCCAAUGCAUCUCUCCUCAUCUCAGCUCUCACUACAUUGCCUGGAAUGUCACAUCAUCUUCAAGGACCACAAAAGCAAGCGGCGGCACAUCAAAAUAAGCCAUCCCGCAGAGUAUGCUCAAAACAUGCUAACCGACGCUCUCUUUGCCUGCUAUGUCUGUGAUCGGCAUUUCGCCUGCUCCGCGGAUCUCAGGGUCCAUCAAAGCACACACACAGAGAAAGAGCGAUUUAGGUGCCCACUCUGUAAUGAGGCCUUCACAAGAUCUACCGACCUAACAAGUCACAAGAAAAUCCACAUUAACAAACAGGGCUACUCUUGUUUAGAGUGCGGCAAGCCAUGUAAAACCCUCACGCUGCUCAAAUACCACCAGCGAGUACACACCGGCGAAAAGCCUUAUAUUUGCCUACAGAAAAACUGUGGCAAGAGGUUUACCACGCCUAAGUCUCUUCUGAAACACUUAGACAAACAUAAGGAAGAUGAUGCAGAGGGUACCGCUGAACAGAAAAAGGCUUUGACCACCACAAAGAUAAAGCGGAAUAAAGCAGGUACAAAUGAAUGGAAAUUCAAAUGUUCACAGUGUGAUACAGUCUUCAAGACGUCUAAAACACUACUUCUUCACAUGAAAAACAGACAUUCUCAGGACAAAGUGAUGGAGUCGCAAAGCAGCAUUGCAUCAGUGGCACAACCAAAACCAGGAUUUAUUAUAACCCAGACAACAGCUGGACAACCCCAGUGUGCAGAAGCUGUUGUGCCUAUACCACAGCAAAUAGAUGUGCUGGAUGCUGAGCAAAUUAAAAGAUUAAUCGAAAAAUUUGAAAAUGUAAAAAAAGUGAACCAAUUGGUUAUACUUCCUUAUCAGACACAAGGCGCUGGGCUGCAUCAUCCACAAGGAUUAAUGCAGCCGUUGCAUUUAGAUUUCACUGAGUCGACAGUUCACCCAUCAGAAUGCAAGAAAAUGGUCACAGAUCUGUCAAAAGAGCAAAAUAAACACCAAAUAUCAACAGAGAUGGAAGAUGUGCAGCAAGAGGAAACUGUGAGUCUGUCACAGGAGGAAAAAACAAAUACUUCGUCAGAAAACCAGGACUCAAGACUUGAAACUCAAACGACACCUGCCGUACUGACUGAGGAACAGACACAAAUGAUGUAAUUCAUCUAGAACUUAUACCAGUUGAGCCUGAAACUUUAAAUUUGCUGGAUCAGACACCCCUGCAGAAUGAUUCGGUUUCUGUGCAGGCACUAACAGCAGGUUUGGAGCAAUUGCUAGGCACACAAGACAAUGUUGAUUUGGAGACAAUAACCGUAACAACUUCAGUUCCACUAAAUGAAACAGAAACGCCUCUUGAUGUUGAAGAGGAAAAUGCAUCGCUGACAAAUGACAUAACAGUAUCAGAGGAGGCUGUCACUAAGGCAGACAUGCUGUGUUCUGAACCAAUACAAGAUUUGGAAUCAUACUCAAAUGUGCUGUCUGGACAGAGUGACACAGUCAAAAUAAGUGAGCCUCAAGAACCUAAACAAAACCAAGCUCAACAGGACCAAGUUGUUUCAGAAAAAGAACUGUCUAGUGUUGAACAAACUCAUACUAAACAGGCCCUCCUGUACAAUUUGCCGAAUGACACAUCAACGGCCUUGCAACCAAAACCACGAAAAAAGAAAAAACCCUCGAAGCAGAAGGUAAUGACCAAACCCAACAAAUCCAAACAAAACCAAAGCCAGCCAAAAAGUGGGCAAAACAAAGCUGUUAUUUUGUCAAAGCAUGACAUGUAUUUUAAACAACAAUCACAACAGGAUAAAAAAGAAAAGGGAGUUGAAGCUAAAUCAGAAAUAAAAUCAACAUGUCAAUCAAACAGUGUGGAAAACAACGUUUCAGCGGUUCCAAAAGUAACACAAACGAAACCCCAGAAAAGGAAAAUGAAGAGUCAGAACAAUUUAACCAAGAAAACUAAGACUGUCCAGGAGCCUCAACAAGAUGAAAUGUUGGCACCUGCGCAAAAGAAGAAGAAGCAAAGCAAGACGUCUCGAGAAGACGGUCCCAAGAAAUCCAAAGUUAAAAAACAAAAAACAAAUGACUUUCAGGUCAAGGUUAAAAAAAGACAAAAUAAUGAUUUCCAGAUUAAGGUUAAAAAAACAACAACUGAUUUUCAGAAAAAUCUUCACAAAAUUCCAAAGCAUAAAGCAGCCAAGAAAAAAAGAACACUCAACACUGCAGACCAAGCUCAAAUAGAGCAACAAGCUUUGCUGUUAUUGAAAGGCCACAAGCAGCCUCAACUGAAAGUACAUAAAUUGGAUGCAACUGAACUAGAAAAAUCCCCUCCAAACAAGCACGAUGCAAAGGAGCCUUUGGGUAAAUCUCUCAAUGUUAUGCAACCAAAGAAAACAAAAUUAACUGGAGACAAAAUAUUAUGCAGUGACACAUUGUCUCCUGUUGACAGCAUCUUAACUUCUGCGUCUUCUGCAGGAAAGCCGAAGAUUUUACGCAAAAGAAAAGCACCUACUAAGAUAGAUCAGGAAAUUGCACUGAGCCCUCCAUAUUCCAGACUUACUCUUGGGUGUCAAGACUGUGGGAAGACGUUCUCGGAAGUGUCCGCUUUACAGGAACACAUGGCAUCUUUCCACUCUGCUGAUAACACGGCCCAACAAGAUGAGGCUGUUGACAUGACAAAGGAAGACAACAUGAGACAAAGUGAAAAACAUGUUCAACAUAACGUUUUUGAAAUUCAAGUAGCGACAGAUUGGGAAAUGGGUGAGAUUUUGGGAGACAGGGAAGAGCAGAGACUUUCAUUUCCAGUGCUUAGUCCAUCUCCUUCACUGAUGCUUCCUUCAGAAUGUGUAGAAGGAAAGGAACAGGAAGACAAAGAGAUUGAAGGAACUUUUUCUGGAACCGAGCAUCCCCCUGAAAAUAAUCCUGAAGAGUUUCCAAUCGUAGUCGAAAAUAUUGUCCAGCCCGUAGUGACAGAAAGUAUAGAAGCGAGUGACAAUCUGUUAGACAAAGAAGCAGGCGGAGUGGGAGGGAUCAUGACAGAAACCUCUGGCACUGAACUUAAAGAUGCUGUGGAGGAAGAAAUUAAAGAAGAAUUGUCCCUAGAGGUGAAUUUAGUCAUGGUUGGAGAUGAAAAUGAGGAGAAUCAUAGCCCUCAGAUAAACAAUCUUUCAAGUGCCUCUCAAGAAUGUGAGACCGAAGAAUUAAGCAAUUCUCAUCCAUGUUCUCAGCCUGAACAGACUGCAAAAGAUGCCGAGGUAGUAUUAACUGAAAAUGUAGUUCACUGUGUUAUCGAACCAGAGAUAAAGCAAGAAGAAGAGGAGGUGCUUGUACACAGAGUUGAUGAACAGAAAAAAGCGACAGGAAAAAGUUCCGAGACAAGGAGUAAGAAAGGUGUUGGUAGAGGGCAAGGUAAGAGAGUGGUUGGGAAAAGGUCCAGCAGAUUGAACAGAAGUAAAAAGGACAUGGAUGCAAAAAAAGAUUCACAGGAUUGUCAAGUUGUCUAUCAGCUGUGUGUACUCAGGGAUACUCCAGAGGGACAGGUCAAAGAAACAGACAUGAAUGGAGGUAACACAACCGCAACUUGCGUAUUGUCAUCUUCUGAGGAGAGUCCUGAGGAUCAGGUAGUUUUUGAGUUGGACUCUGUUACUACGAGUGUAACAGAGGUGAUAAAUUCCCAAGAUGGUUCAUUUAUUGAGCAAUCUGCAGAGCUGGCUAGAGAUGACAGGUCUCCUGGAAUCAUACUGGAAAAAUUCUUGACUGCUUGUGAGAGAAAUGCGGAACCUCCUAACAGCCAGAGUGAGAGGAAACGGGCUAACUCCGCUUGCACAGCUGCUGACGUGAAGUUAGAAGAACGUUCUUCAAAUCAGGCUGUUCUCGGUCAGGCCUCUUCUGAGAGGGGUUUCAUGCGUGGAGUUCAAAUGUUUUUGGUAAAAGCAGAAGAGCACAUGUCUAUGAAUGAUCCUGUUAUAUUCCAGGCUCACCAGCCCACUGAUAUCCACCAUGUUUCAUGCCAAGAUAAGCCCAUUGGUAAGAACACAGACGGCAUCUCUUCUGACUCUCAUGUAGUUCCCCUGCAGUCCUACAGCAAGCAGUGUAUUUUUUAUCCUGUAAAAGAGGAAGACAGAGAACAUCUGGUGGAGACUCCUCAUACAGAUCAGAAGUGCAUGGGUUCAGAGGGGCUGGAAGGGAUUUCAUCUGGAUUAGAAGAAUGUGAGGAAAUGGGAUCGGUACAAAUGGAAAUGCCACAUCUGUACACAAGCUCUGAAGAUGGUGAUGUUAGUGGCGAGCACCAAAGCACCCAAGGAUUUUUAGAAUUCCUCUCUCAGAAUUCAGAUGCUGGUGAUUCUGAUAUCGUCCAUUCUGAGCCAGAAGCUGAAACCAUUCUGAUGUCUUGUUACCAUGGUUUACAGAAUAGUGCUACAGUACAUCCAAACGAAGUAGAGAAAGGUGGUCCUAGUGGCAGAGGAAAUGAGUGUCUGUCUCAAACAGUCCACACAGAAGCAGGAAGACAGCUAAACUGGAAGCCCAUUAACUACUUCAAUCAAUAUUUUAGCUGGGACACAUGGACGGAAAUUGCAGUCUGCACACGAGAAAUGUCAAAACCGCCAAAACCUGUUACAGGAAAAGAGGUUGCGCAGUAUGUAGGAAUCCACAUUGCAAUGGGAACUCUCAAGUUUCCCAGCACAAAGCUCUACUGGGAAGACCUCACCAGAGUCCCUCUAAUCUCUGAUGCCAUGUCUGCUUCAAGAUUCUGUGAGCUCACUCGUACACUAAGGCUUGCAAGGGCUGGUGGACCUUUUCCGGAGACAAAUAGUGAAAAUCCGACUGAAGAAACAUCCAGAUUGUUCUCCCAGUCCCACUGUAACGAAGAGGGACAUAGUUGCGCAAAUGUCUCCGGGUCAAAGACGGACCCUUUGUGGAAGGUAACGAUGUUGAUUAGACGGGUACAAGACUGUUGUCAGGCACUAAAGCGAAAUGGAAGCUUUGGGGUGGACCAGUACCCGCUCCCUUUUCAAAGACACCCAACUCAUUCAUUACUUCACACAGUUGUGGUAAGCGGUGAAGGGUUGGUUGUGGACUUUAACUUGAGUAUAGAUGAUUCCCAUAGGGAAACCAUAGUUGAAAAAAUGGUCUCCAGAGGUAAGGACGGAAACGAAGGGAUGGUGUUUCUUUGCAAGCCAGAGCUGUCCACACCUUCUAUGUUGGAGCAUCUUUUAAAGGCAGGUGUGCAAAGCGCUGGCAAGGUUGGCGGGGCGAGGGGGCAAAUAGGUGACGAGUUUGUGAGCUCCGAUGGAAAACUCAAGCUGUUCAGAUGUCACCAUGGGUUCAUCCUUUCGUCAGUGUCAAAGGAAAAGCCACGCUCAACAUCUCUUGUCAGCGGCUUCGAGCGAGUGAUUAAAGCUGCAAAUCUAAACCGGGACCUGAGAAGCCUUUAUCGUAUUCCCAGCACAAGCUCAGCAGUCAACGCUUGGCCACAGUCUGUUCUCUGGGACCUAAUUGAUCUGGUAUUGGUUAAUUCAUGGAUACAGUACAAGCAAGAUUACAGUCACAUUACAGAUUUGCUAUCACUUAUGGCAUUUCGUUUAGAGGUGGCCAAAGCUUUGAUUCUCUCUAGCGGCGUUGAUGCCCAAGACUCAUCACCCCCCUGCCAUCCUGCUCCAAAACGACAAUGUCCAAAUUCAAGCUCAAGACCUUCUCCAGUUCUUGAGACCCCUUUGCCUGAUGCAGUUACACGCUAUGAUGGCUUUGGGCACUGGCCGGAGCAACUGGCCGACAGCGAGGAGGCCAAGUGUAGAUUUGGAGGCUGUGAGCGAACGUCACGUGUGCGAUGUCUCAAAUGCUGUGUGUUUCUUUGCAUUUCGAAAAACCACAAUUGCUUCCUUAAGUUUCACAGUCAGGGUGCUUCCUAAGGCCAGCGGUCUGUGGUAAAUGUGAUGAAUUGCAUCUCAUUGGUGUAUUUUGGAUGGUUAUUUAAAAUGUUGUUUUCCAUUCAUAUGGCCAGCAACAUAUAUUUUAUUGUAUUCCACCCGCAAACUGUAGAACAAGAUGAUAUAGACAUUGUUUUCAGUUUAUGUUCAGAAUGUGAUUCUACUGAUUGUGUUGCAAAAGCACCUUAUUUGUUAUUAAAUAAAAGCUUUUACAAUUUA